AUUUUAAAGAAGCCUGAACUUCUGGGAAGUGAGUACUUUCGUUAUGAAUCAUCUACUUGUAAUAAUGUGGUUAAAGCAGAGUCUUUACGUUGUUCAAAUUCUUAUUUUAAGAAUGAAAAAGUUGAGAAAUUAGGAAGUUACUUCUUUAAUUCUUCAUGCAUCGACUUGGCAAAACAGCUCCUUGGCCAAAUUUUGGUACGGUGUUUAUCCAAUGGUGUGAUUUUACGAGGAAGAAUUGUAGAAACAGAAAGUUAUCUUGGAGGAGAUGAUAAAGCUUCUCAUUCUUGUCAAGGAAAACGCACUGUAAGGAAUGCAGCAAUGUUUAUGAAACCUGGAACAGCAUAUGUUUAUUCUAUCUAUGGCAUGUAUUACUGCUUUAACAUUUCCAGUGAUGGUGAUGGAGCAGCCGUUUUAGUAAGAGCACUAGAACCCUUAGAAGGGAUUGAUUUGAUGAGAAAAUUCCGGGGCUUUAAACGACAAGAUAAAGGACAGUUGUUGAAAUUGAAAGAUCUCUGUAAUGGACCAUCCAAAUUGUGUCAGGCAUUUCAAAUUAAUAAAGAUGAACUUAAUACUGAAGACCUAACAAAUAGUAGUGUGCUAUGGUUAGAGAAAGGCACAAGUAUUUCUGAAUCAGACAUUGUUCAGUGCAAACGAAUUGGAAUUGACGGAGCAGGGAAAGAUUGGGCUGAUAAACCCCUGAGGUUUUAUAUAAAGAAUGAAAUUUAUGUGAGUGUAAGAAAUAAAGUGGCAGAAUUGUCAACUGUAAGUAACAAUGUAAUGGUCAAUGGUACUGAGCAUGUAUAAGAGUGUUCUAAACUUUGGAUAUAUUUUUACUAAAUUGAGAAAAAUAAAUAUUUUAAGUUUUAAAUAUGAUGGAUCUUUUACUGCAUAAUUGUUAUUUGUUAAUGCUUUGUGUACUAUCUUAAAAAAUAGAAAAUUUGUGUUAUAUAAUGACUUAAUUCAAUGUAUUACUUUUCAUUCUUGUAAAUGCCAGCAUGAAAAUUAACAUUGUUACAUCUCAGGUAAUGUCUAUUUUCAUUAGUACAAAUAUUAAAAAUGUAGUAAAAAUUUAAUGAAGACUUUGACUUUUGCAGGUUUUCAAAUGUUUCUUGAUAUGUUGAUAUUUUUUCUGAUGCUUGGUAGAGUGCUGAUAUGAUGCUCUUUUUCUUUUUUUUAAAGGCAUUGAAAUUUAAUGUCAGAGUUUUCUUAUAAAAAUGUUGUAGAGUUAUAGAUAAGGAUUCUUUUGUCAUAUCAGUUUGUAGUUUUUUAUUGCUUCUACUUCUUGAAUAAAGAGCAAUUUAAUUGAA